CUCUAGGAUUCUCUCCACCGACUUCAAUCUCUAUAUAACUCAACCUGCAAAUAGGGUUUUUCCCACUCUCCACCGUCUCUUGAUCUCUGUACGUAUUAGAGAGAAAGACAGAGAGAUGGAGGUUAUUAAGCAUUUCACUCACCAGCAUGAGUUAUCGCUGAGUGAAAAGAAGACAGAAGAUAACAUUAGAUGCAAAGUAUGCUAUGAAUACUGCGAUGAAGGUGUGAUGAUCUACAGUUGCAGGGAAUCUGAUUGUAGGUUCACCCUGCACGAAUCAUGUGCAAAGCUACCGCAGGAGUUGCACAACCCCCUUCUUCACCCACACCCUCUUUCCCUAAAACGCCCAGAAAACAAGUUUUUUGAAUUUAAGUGUAAUGGUUGUGGCAAAAUUUCCUGGGGCUUCAGCUUCCACUGCGACAAGUGCGACGUCAACCUUGAUGUUAAGUGCGGUUUUAUAAGGCCUGCGAUGGAAGAAGGGGAGGAGGCAGUCGUUGUUGGUACACAUUUUAGUCACCGCCAGCAUCCAUGGGUACCCUUGGAGAACAUACCUGCCAGUCACAUUCGCUGCAGCGUAUGUGGAAAAUACUGCUCGGACCCGAAGACCUAUGGUUGCCUCCAAUGUGGCAUCUUUCUCCAUCCCUCGUGUUUGAACUUGCCAGAAGAGAUUUUCCAUCCCUUUCAUCCAUACCACCGUCUCACCCUAAAACCCAUCAAGGAUAUUGAUCAUUACCACCCUCGCACCCCAAAACGCAUCAAGGAUGAUGAUGAUGAUGCUGUUAAAUGCAAUGCCUGUCGCAGGGAUAUCUACGGGGACGAGUACUUCGGCUGCGUCGCCUACUUUUGUAAGUGCUGUAACAAUACCAAGACUAGCUUUUGCUUGGACGCCGAAUGCGCUAGUGUGAUAAUGCCUGCCAUAACAUACGAAGGCCACGAUCACCUCCUACUAUUCUUGGACAUCGAUAGAAAAGUUGAUGAACUGAUCAAGAACUGCAGCGCUUGCAAAUCCAGUACUUGUGAAUCAUAUGGUUUCAGAUAUCUAGAUCUGCAUUUCGACGACAAUAUAGGUGAUGAACGGAUCAAGUGCAGCGCAUGCAAAUCCACUUGUGAAUCAUACGCUUUCAGAUGUCUAGAUCUGCAUUGUGACUUCAAUCUCCAUCUUAGCUGUGGUCCAUUACCAUAUACCAUUCAACACAAAUCCCACAUUCAUCCCCUUAUCCUUACAAUUUGUCCCAUUGAAGAUGAAAAGGAUUGCGAGCCGGACGAAUUCUAUUGUAAUGUUUGUGAGAAAGAAAGAGACCCAUUCUUGCCCAUUUAUUAUUGCAAGGAAUGUCCUUUUGUUGCCGGAAUUUCUUGCGUCAUCUCAGAGGUAGUAUCAUUGCUAAAGGGAGAACAUGGAGAUGUGGAGCUGAGGAAUCCUUUUGGACAGUUUGGAAAUUUGAUUCGCGAGAAACAAGAACUCGUGACCAAGCCGGCUUUAACCUUGUUUGAUAUUUUUAAUUCUUUGAGUAAAGCAGAGAAAUCUGAAUUGAAUCAUAAUCUUGAAAGAGUUAGUUCUUGGGUAGGGAAUAAGGAAUUUUGGGAAAUAAUUACUUCAGAAGAUCAAUGGACAGAAUUUAAUUUCGAGGUUGACGAGGCUUACACAAAAUUCAUGAAAUUUGUUGAUAUUGGCAUAGAGAUUCCUAUAGAAUUUCGGGAUACAAAGGAAGAUGUUCAGAUUCCGGAUUUCAAGUUUUGCUAUAAGCUGCGUCCAGAAGAAGAGGUUGUCGAUCUUGAGGAUUACAAGAUUACUCGAAAGUUGGCCCCUAUCUUAAAGGACAUGCUUUCCAAACACGGGGCUGUUAGUACUGCUUGGUCCACGUUAAGUCCAAACGUGAAACUUUAUUUCUUGCACAUGUUAUGUGAGUGCAUAUAUAGCAUGAUAAAUACCAAAGUUGUGGAUAUCACCACAAAUGAUCUUCUCAACUGGUGGACAAUCUUGGAAAUCUCAAAAUGGGUGGACUUUAGAAUUCAAUUUGCCUCUGAUCAUUUGAAGAGAGUUGCACUUGCUCAUUUUGGUCUUUCUGCUGAAAAGCAAGGAAGCAACGUCCUUGAUCAACUUGCUACAGACAUCGAGGCACUAAAAAGGAAACUCGAGCGCUUAACAUCUAUAAAAUCCAUCUUAAUCAAGAAAUGCGCAGAAGCUUCAAUGCUGAAGGGAUGGAAAGCGGGUGUUGGACUACUGAAAGCAGGUGAUGGACUACUAUAAGUGUUUUUGGUUAAUCAUAUCCUCUUUCUUCAUUCUCAGAAUGGCUGAUAAAUCAAGAUUUUAUUGUCCUCUUAUUCAUAGUUUCAUGGGUUUCUUUUAUCACCUUCAUUUGUCGUUUCAGGCGCAGCUCUUCUCAAAGUUCAUUUAUCUUAACUUUUACAAUUUCAAAUUUAAACAUAGCAGUUUACAAUAUAAGAUAUUCUCAUACUGAGGUUCAUUAGUUAUUAUUCAUCUUGAUUACUUGUUUCAACUCAAUACAUGUAGAUAAGUAUGCACAUAUGUUGGAUAUGCACAACGAUUAGUUAGGAACUGUUGUAGGGCUCGAGAGACCUCUUUGUAAAAUGGGCAGGAGUGUUUAUU